AGAUUAAUAUCCAACACCAAAACGGUAACUUCUUUUGUCAUUUUUUUAAUUAGGGGAGGUGUGAUCAAAUUCAGGGCAUCAUGUCGGACGUAGUGACAAAUCCGGAUGUUCCAUACAGCGAGCAGAUUCCUGGUGGAUAUUUCCCCAGCAAGACCAUCUACAUACGAGGAUCCGUGCCUUCACAUAGUGACAGGUUUCACGUGAAUCUUCAGAGUGAGGUUGGCACUGGUGUAGCCGAUGUCGCCUUUCACUUCAAUCCCCGCUUCGAAGGGAGCCAGAACUACGUGGUUUGCAACACAAAGACGGGCGGGAGUUGGCAGUCUGAAGAGCGUCACCAAGACAACUUUCCUUUCGACCAGGGAAAAACCUUCGAACUCGUCAUCCUGUGCGAGGGGGAUGAGUUUAAGGUGGCAGUUAAUGGCCGUCACUAUUUGGAUUACAAGCAUCGCGUUAACCUGCAGGAGAUAAAAGCCGUUGCCGUGGCAGGUGACGUCGAGAUUUCGAGCAUUCGUUUUCAUCCACCCUCCGCUGCACUCCUACUCGGACAGUCGGGGAUUCACAUUCAUGAUCCGCCGACUCCCUACGUUGGCCCAAUCGGAGCAUCUGGCCUGCAAUACGGCACAAUGAUCACGGUGAAGCUGACUGUGCACCCUGAUCCUAACAGGUUUGCCAUCAACCUGAAUGGAGCUUACUUCGGUCCCCAACAGGAUGAUAUUGCCCUGCACUUCAAUCCACGGUUCCCAGAUCGCGUCAUUGUGCGCAACUCCCUGUCUGGCGGGAAUUGGGGAGGAGAGGAGAGGGACGGUGCAUUUCCCUUUGCGCCCGAUGGCACGCACGAGGUUACCAUCUUGUGCAUGAGGAAGUGCAUGCGUGUGCAGGUGGAUGGACACCACGUGAUCGACUACAACCACCGCCAUGACGUGCAGGGGGUCAAGUCAAUGAAAGUGGCCGGUGACGUCACCAUCCAUGAAAUUGAUAUUGACUAAUUGCCACCGACAGAUUGAAAAAUAUGAAGAAAAAGGAAGAGAGGGAUAACCAAUUACGUUGUAAUAAAGUAAAGAGCAUUUUGAACGUGUCGCAUUUUUCAAUGUGUCUUGUCCUAAAUUCGCUAUCCUGUUAGCAAAGCUGCAAUGCCUACGCGCUUUCCUAGAAAUUAAUAGCCCAGUAGUUUUCAGUGUUAUUACAUUUUGUUAGUUUUGCCACGCUUUUCUUGAUCUGUCGAAACUUUAGGUCCAUAAUUGUUUAACCGACUGUGAAGCACCCUGCUUCAGGGUAAAUAGUCAAAUCCGAAGUCUUGCAUCUCAAAAAAGAAGGUGUUUUGUCUCAUUCAGGCAAAAAUACUGCAUCGUACGAUUGCAUUAUUAUUUUCUUUUAAGUUUUUACAUGUAGUCCAAGAUUUAUUUCGAAACAUUUGUUACUUUCUUAAACGAUUAUAAUUAUAUGGAAAAAAUUGGUAUUGUUUCAUUAAGCCUAAACCUUGGUGAUCAUUUUUGUCUUAGCUUGGGAGAGAAAUUGGACAGCUAACAACCAAACUGAAUCUAUGUCGGAGGUGAAUUAUUCGGCGACACAAGGUUGAAGUCAGAUCUUAAAUUGCCAGUGAAACAGAAGAACAUUCGAUUUAUUCAAGUGUACACUAUUCAGUUUUACGGUUAUUGCUCAAAUGGCACACAUGCUGAAUAGAUGCAGAUAUCUAAAGGAAAAAAGCAAGAGAAUAGCUCAAUACUAUUUUACCGAUAUAAUAACAGUAAAUAGAUUCUUGUCGGGUAUAAGCAGAAGAUUCAGAUAUUUGAAAAUUGAACUUAAAAACCUUACAAGUAAACAAAAAGUACUUUUAACGAUUUUAGUUGACAAAAAAACAAAGUCAAAUCAUCAUUGUUGGAUUAUCAUUUUCAGCCAUACUGAAAGGACGCAAUUCGUUGCUAUUCGUAUUACUUCGGUAUCAAACCUGCUAUAAUACAGUUUUUGGAAUGGCCAUUAAUAAAAACGUUGUAAAGCUAUGCAGACUAACGUCGAAAUAAUUCAGCCUCAAUGAGGUAAAAUUCUUAAAAUAGAGCAAAGCAUAUGGGCACGUAAUAGUAAAGCAAAUACGCACUUAAUAGUUUCAAACUGAUCCGAAGUCUGUCUUGUCACCAAUUUUUUAUUUCACAGUUUCUGAAUAAAGACUUACUUGCAAUAUAUUUCCC